AUGGCCAAGCUGGUGGAGUGCGUCCCCAACUUCUCGGAAGGGAAUAACAAGGAGGUAAUCGAUGCACUAGCACACGCCAUCUCUCAGACACCGGGCUGCACGCUGCUGGAUGUCGAUGCUGGUGCCUCCACCAACCGCACUGUCUACACCUUCGUGGGAUCCCCUGAGGCUGUGGUUAAAGGGGCACUGAAUGCAGCCCAUGUGGCCGGGCAGCUCAUUGACAUGAGCCGGCACAAGGGCGAACACCCUCGCAUGGGGGCCCUGGACGUCUGCCCCUUCGUGCCGGUGAGGAAUGUCAGCAUGGAGGAGUGUGUCACCUGCGCCCGCAUCUUCGGGCAGCGCCUGGCAGCAGAGCUGGGGGUGCCUGUUUACCUGUACGGAGAAGCAGCGCAGGACAAGAGAAGGAAAGCCCUGCCUGCCAUCCGUGCAGGGGAGUACGAGGCGCUCCCUGAGAAGCUUGCAAAACCAGAGUGGGCUCCUGAUUUUGGGCCUCAAACCUUUGUCCCCCGGUGGGGGGCCACAGUGACGGGCGCCCGGACCUUCCUAAUUGCGUACAACAUCAACCUGCUGUGCACCAAGGAGCUGGCUCACCGCAUCGCCCUCAACCUCCGCGAGCAGGGUCGCGGCGCCGACCAGCCUGGGCGCUUGAAGAAGGUGCAGGGCAUCGGCUGGUAUUUGGAGGAAGAGAAUAUGGCCCAGGUUUCGACGAACCUGCUGGACUUUGAGACCACGCCGCUACACACCAUCUACGAGGAAGUCUGCCGAGAUGCGGAGGCACUGAACCUCCCUGUGGUAGGGUCCCAGCUGGUGGGUCUUGUCCCCAAGAAGGCCAUACUAGACGCAGCUGAGUUUUACAUCAAGAAGGAAAAACUCUUCAUCCUGGAGGAGGAACAGAAGAUCAGGCUGGUGGUCAACCGGCUGGGCCUGGACUCUCUGUCUCCAUUUCACCCCCGGGAGCGCAUCAUCGAGUAUCUGGUGCAGGCAGGAGAGGUGGACAAGGGGCUGGUGGCCAAGCCGCUGGGGGCUUUCGUGCGAGCAGUCGGUGGGACACCAGGAGGAGCCUCUGUGUCUGCAGCUGCGGGUGCUCUGGGAGCAGCACUGGGCUGCAUGGUGGGGCUGAUGAGCUACGGGAAGAGGCAGUUUGAGGAGCUGGACCCCGUCAUGAGGAAGUUGAUCCCCCCCUUCCACCAGGCCAUGGACGAGCUGCUGGCGAUGGUGGACGCCGACUCACGCGCCUUCAGCAGCUACAUGGAAGCUAUGAAGCUGCCAAAAAACAGCCCUGAAGAGCAGGAGAGACGCACGGCUGCAAUGCAAGAGGGGCUGAAGACAGCUGUGAGGGUGCCCUGUGCCCUGGCAGAAAAGGUGAGCGGGCUCUGGCCUGCUCUGAAGGAGCUGGCACGCCACUGCAACCUGGCCUGCAAAUCUGACAUCCAGGUGGGAGCCAAAAUGCUGGAAGCAGCUGUGUUUGGAGCUUACUUCAAUGUCAUGAUCAACCUCAAAGACAUAAUGGAUGAGAAGUUCAAGCUUGCGAUGUCGCAGAAAGUCUCUGGGCUGCUGGAGGAAGCGAAGCAAGGCUCGGCGCUUGUGCUGGCGGUGCUGGAGAAGCGGGCAGCCUGA